AUGAAACGCCACAGGCAUCUAAGCACCAGUGACAGUUCAGACAAUGAGAGUCCUUCCACUUCCUUUUCUUCUUGUUCUAAAUACAGGAGCAAGUCAAAAACACCAGCAAAUGAACAAAAGAAACCUGCUGAGGUGUUCCGCAAGGAUCUCAUUAGUGCCAUGAAACUACCAGAUUCUCACCAUGUCAACCCUGAUGAAUAUUAUAUCUUUGCGGACACGUGGAAACAAGAAUGGGAGAAAGGGGUUCAAGUUCCAGCCAGCCCAGAAACUAUUCCACAGCCUUCUCUCAGGGUUGUAGCAGAAAAGGUAAAAGAAGUACUGUAUACACGACCCAGAAAAUACAUCCACUGUUCCAGCCAAGAGCCCACAGAACCAGGUUACAUCAACAUUUUGGAACUGGCAGAAUCUAUGUGUCGCUAUGACUUGGAUGACAUGGACAUCUUUUGGCUUCAGGAGCUAAAUGAAGAGCUUACAGAAAUGGGAUGCGGGCCCCUGGAUGAAAACACAAUGGAAAAGACAAUUGAAGUGCUGGAGCGGCACUGUCAUGAGAACAUGAAUCACGCUAUUGAGACUGAAGAAGGAUUGGGUAUUGAAUACGAUGAAGAUGUCAUCUGUGAUGUGUGCCGGUCCCCUGACAGUGAAGAUGGGAAUGACAUGGUGUUUUGUGACAAGUGUAAUAUCUGUGUCCAUCAGGCAUGCUAUGGAAUCUUAAAAGUACCCGAAGGGAGCUGGCUGUGUCGCACCUGUGUCCUUGGAAUACAUCCUCAGUGCCUCCUGUGUCCCAAAAGAGGAGGUGCCAUGAAAGCUACCAGGACAGGGACCAAGUGGGCACAUGUGAGCUGUGCUCUCUGGAUUCCAGAGGUCAGUAUUGCUUGCCCAGAAAGGAUGGAGCCAAUCACAAAGGUGUCUCACAUUCCACCAAGUCGAUGGGCUCUAGUGUGUAGUUUAUGCAAACUGAAAACUGGUGCUUGCAUUCAGUGCUCCGUGAAAAGCUGCAUCACUGCCUUUCAUGUCACCUGUGCCUUUGAGCAUAGUUUAGAGAUGAAGACUAUCCUGGAUGAUGGGGAUGAGGUCAAGUUCAAGUCGUAUUGUCUAAAGCACAGCAAGAACAAACAGAAUUCGUUGCCUGAUGUUGACGAGCACCCCAAGGGUGUGUCAGACCAGAAGCAAACAGAGAGUGAGAAAACCAGUUUGCGAGCCCAGAAACUCCGGGAGCUGGAAGAAGAGUUUUACUCGCUAGUUAAAGUGGAGGAUGUUGCUGCAGAACUGGGCCUUCCUAAACUUGCUGUAGACUUCAUCUACAAUUACUGGAAAUUAAAGCGAAAAAGUAACUUUAACAAACCAUUGUUUCCUCCCAAGGAGGAUGAAGAAAAUGGCUUGGUGCAGCCAAAAGAAGAUAGCAUUCAUACUCGCAUGAGGAUGUUCAUGCAUUUGAGGCAGGAUCUAGAGAGGGUAAGAAUUUAACUGGUAA